AUGUCGGCUAGUCUAAACUGCGAGGAGCGGUUAUUCGAACCCGAAAUGAACACGGACACACGAUCGCCAGCAUCUACCGAGUCGCGCGCCUCAAGUCAAGCACAGGCCCUCUCCUUGUCACUCCUCUCUCAAUGCCGCGCCCUUCUCCAUGAGUUGACCUCGUUCCAACUCUACCUUACUGGUUUAAGUCGACCCAACCUCGUGGAGCUCCGCCAGUUCAAGUCUGCCGUGCAAGCAGAACUCAGAUCGUUGGAGAAACUAUGCGAGUCGGCGAACAAGGCAGCGGAGGAGGAUGAGCAAGCUAAAAGAGCAGAAUGCACCGAGACCGGUGUUGUGCGCGGAGAUGAUGAGGACGGAAAAUCGAGCGGAGGCGAAGGAGAUGCGCACCUGGUAGGCGCGGCGGAAAGAAAAGUCCUGCACUCGCUACGCUCGUCGAAUUUGCCGUUUUUCAGUACGGUGUGGAAAGUGGCGAAGACGGCGUGUACGGGGUUGGUAGCGUUUAAUAAGAAAUUCUACUGGCAGGAGGUGAAGAAGAAGAAAAAGCUGGAACGAGACGAUUAUGAGAUGGAAAAUGGGUUUCCAUCGCUGGAAUUGCAGAAUGGGGGUGUCGAAGUAGGAAUAGACGAAAGUGAGGUCGCAGAACUAGUGCGGUUGAAAAGAAAUGUCAUUGUGGAUAUUGUUGCAGACCAUGGGGAAGAAUGGGUGAAGGUCUCUACAAUAACGCCAACUCGAUUACUUUUCGAGUUGGCGAGACAAGGUUGGGAAUUGGACUCCGAUGAUGAAGAGGAAUAUAGACUACGGAAUUAUGACAGUGAAGACGAUGGCGAUGACGAUAUCGUUGAAUUAGUAAAACUGGCAGUUGAUAUGAAGAAAGCUGCUGCUCAGACUCGCGUCAGAUACAAGCACCCUCGAAUACGUUUCAUCCUUCCCAAGGUGACUGAAGGACAGGCGCCACACACGGACAGGAUCAUUCAUGAAAUCCGAAAAGCAGGGGUAACCGUAGAAUGCGGUACUAUUCCAGAGAAUCCGCUGACUGGCGGUGCCAAGCAACUGGACCCAAGAUCCCUUGAAGCUACAUUUUCGUCACUUCUUCCAAGCCCCUACCCCCAAAGGACGUCGACCUUAAACGUUGAUUGCACCUUGCUUCUCGCCCUGGUGUCUGAUCUAUCGCAUUACUGCAAUAUUGCCCAUUCUACACAUCAUCAUCGAGCAAUAACUCGACAGAUUGAACUCGAAGCAGAAAAGCCACUAGUGCCAUCAGAACUAUGGCCAGCCAUGGGGGACAAAGACCUGCUCUGCACCACCGAAGCCGCCCAACGGAUGCGAGAAAUAGUGGACACCAUAGGAACCCAGGCCGAAAAGACAAGAACAAAGUUGCUAAUGGGGGAAAUGGAUGAACAUUUGGAAAGGCAACAGUUAAUUUCCCGAUUCCAGGAAUUGUCUGAUCAUAAAGUUCCAACGGAUUGGAGAAUCCCGAUCAGAGUAGUAGAGUCUCGGGAGGUGAUCCGUCGCGGCUUUGAAGAUGGACGGCUCCCGCCUGUAGCUCGCAAAAUCGCGAACCACCUCAGUGAUAUAAACGCCAGCGUGUUUGUAUAUGGAUGGUCCACCGGAUUGAUGACAAUAUCAAGCAACCGAACUGUGGCAAAGCAAAUCGAAACCAUGAUAGAAAAAAACCGAGGCGACGACGAUGAUUUACGAGGACCCUUCGUAUGGGUAUGCGACACAGCGAGAAGUUUGGUUGGAAAGGAGAAAAAUAGGAAGUCGUAGUGAUACUCAAAAUGAAAGAAGCUAUUGUUGACUGGGGUGCCUGGUAGCUCCUGGAGCGCGCUCCAAACGACUUUUCCACCAAUCCUCCAUGUCGUGUGGCACGCCCGGUCUGACGCGACACCAAUGUGUAUAUGUUCGGAUAGAUGAUC